CGGCGCGUUCCGACGAGCAGGGGACCCGGCUGAGUCGGCUGUGAGGGAGCUCCCGGCGGCUGCAGGCACCCUUCGGUACGGCGAUGCGGGAGUGCUGGAGAAGCGCCUCGUACAGCAUCUCCGUCCUCCGGGAACCCGCCAGCAUCAUCGCAUACCGGUGAAUUUAAGGUGCUUCAUGACCGCCUAGUCUCCUCUGCUUUCAGGAUGCCAUUGCUUAGCUACAGCAUAAAAGCUGCUGAUUUGACUCGAGCAAAAAUUACCUAGAACUUCGGGGAUCAUGUAAGCCAGCCUUUAGCUCUGAAGGAGAAAUAGUCUACCUGGAGAUAUUUAUUUGAAAUAUUCACAGACCAUCUAGUUAAGGAAAUUUCAAUUUCUCAAAGCUCCAGUCUAACUAAAGCCCUCCAUAUAUAGUGUCCUGGGUGCUAACAGAGGAGUUUGCUGGAUUCAUCAGUCAGGCUGUAGGUGGGGCAGAAAUCACAAGUCUUAUACAGGAAAAGGUAGACAAAUGAUGAAUCACUUAAUGAUUCUGGCAGUACUUCUCCCCCUGAGGACGAGCUACAGUACAUACUCACAGCAAGAAUCCGAUGUGUUUCCAGUAACGUACCUUAACGUUUCCAAGGAUUUGGAUCUUCAACGGCUGCUGGUGGAAUGGGAUGUUGUCAAGUCAGCACAUGAUGCUGAGUUGGCAAUAUCUUUUGAGAUACAAGUCCGUCGAACUGAUGAAGCUACUACUGUGUGGACAGAAUUUCAAAAUGUCACACUUGAUAAAUUGGGAAAGCCUCUUCAUUGGACAUGGGAUUCAGACAUACCUUUGGAGUGUAUGUCACAUGCUGUGAGGAUCAGGAGCAAGGCCAAAACAUCAAAAAUCUGGAGUCAGUGGAGUUUGUGGGAGAUUCUUCCGGGCCUGGACACUUCAAAUAGAAGUGGACCGCAAAUCUUUCCAAAAGAAAAAAUUUUAGCAGAAGGCUCUAAUAUCACUCUUUGCUGCAUAGGAGGGAAAGGUCAAACCAUUAAGGAAUUCACUGUAUUCCCAAGUGUUGAUGUUUUCAAGCACACAAACAGUCAAGUCAGACUUCUCACUGUGGAAAAUCUGUCACAUGACAAAGGGUCUAACAUUCAUGUCUACUGUUAUGAUGAGGAUAAACGGUCACAUGAAGCAGCUUUCUUUGUGGGUAAACCGCCUGACACACCUAAAGAUUUUUCCUGCCAAACUCAAGACAUGAAAAGAGUAACAUGUACUUGGAGAGAAGAAGAGACCUAUCUCUAUGGAAAGAAUUCACCACGCUACACCUUGUCUAAAACGUCAUCCCAGAAAAUGGCUCUGUGCAAAGCAAGUUGUUCUAAGCAGUGCUCAUGCUCUUGGAAUAUAGGCCAGCAGUGGAUCUGGAAUGUCACAGUGACUGUGGAAAACCCACUGGGAAAGAAAACUGCCACAGAUGUUUUUGAUGUAAAUCACAGAAUGUAUCCCACUGCACCUUUCCAGGUUUGGGAAGAUUGCACAGAUACAGAAAUGACAUUACACUGGAAUUAUGAAAACAAUGAAAUUGAUCUCUUUUGUCAGACUGAAGUGCUCCAACCUGAUGGCAAAGUAGAACUGCACAACAGCUCCAUUGCGGACUCAAGGCGCAUCACAGUGCGUGGGCUGCAGCCGUACUCAGAGUACACGGCCAGGGUGCGCUGCGGAGCGGCCAAACACUUCUGGAGGUGGAGUGAGUGGAGCCAGCCCCUGACCACCAGAACAAAGGAAGGAACUCCAUCAGGAAAACUGGACAUAUGGAGAGAAAUUACACCAGUUCUCAGGGGACGAAAUGUGACCUUGUUCUGGAAGCAAACACCAAGUUUUCAAGCAAAUGGAAAAAUUAUUUCAUAUGAAGUAACCUUGGAAAAAAUAGAAGAUGGCUCCCAGCCUGAAAGCAUCUCCUUUUCUUCAAUCUACAAUAGCACAAGGAUUUUCAUUGAUAGCCAUUCCUACAGAAUCAGUAUUGUGGCAAAGAACAAUGCUAAUUUUUCACUUCCUUCAGUACUGAUCAUCUCUAGAGCUACAGAUAACAGCACUGAAGAGCUUAAGGAAGGACAGGUUAAUGGUACAGAUGAUGGCAUUUUUAUCUCCUGGGAGCCCAGAAGUAUAUAUGACAGUUACAUUAUUGAUUGGUGUAACUUUCCCAGGUUGCAGCCUUGUGAUUUGCAGUGGAAGAGAUUUGGACCCAACACUUCCAGUGCUGUGAUCAGCUCAGCUGCUUUUGUUCCGGGGGUGAGAUACAAAUUCCGCAUCUAUGGCUCUGUUGCUAAUAGAGCAUCCUUACUGGAAAAGAAGAUGGGUUAUCUUCGGGAGCUGCCUCCUUUUCUUGACCCUAUUGUGAGAAAAGUUGACCUGACUUACAAUUCAGUAACACUGUCUUGGGAUUCUUAUCUCACAAAUGAGUCAGAGCCUGGUUUUGUAAGAGGCUACCAUGUUUAUGUAUCACCUAUACAAGGGAACUGCAAUUUGAAAGGAUCAAAAAAGCACAUUCUUUCAGAUGAAUCAGAGCUAUGUAAAUACACAAUUGAAAACCCAGAAGAAAAGAGAUACACCGUGAAACACCUGAUGCCAAACACAAAAUACAAAUUAGUGGUUAAAGCAUUUACAGGUGGAGGAGAGACUCCCAUUGUUAACUUCAGAUACAUAGAUACACCAUAUAAUUCAAACAUGCUGUACUUUGUAUUCCUGCUAGUGAUAGUUCCAACCCUAGUAGCAGCUAUAUGCCACUGGAAGAUGAAGUGGGUGAAGGAGUGCUGCUGUCCUGUAAUACCUAGUCCUAACAAGAGCAAAGUGCUGUCAUUCAAAGAGUUUAAGAUUGAUUCUGAGAAAGUGCUGAAGAUAAAUGACUGCCUUCCUGACGUGCUAGCCAUGGACAGUAAUGUUGAAGCUCAUAAAUUGCAUCCUGUUACCUGGAGCCGAUUAUCUUCAACACCAACUGAAAAUAAGAUUGAUGGUCACAAUUCUUCCUGGAUUUACCCUAGUGAAAAUAUAGCAAGGGACUUUCCACCCAUUCCUACACCUCAAACUCAUACUUGUUUUGAGAAUUUUGCUUAUUCUUCUCCACUUGAGGCUGAAUCUGAUCCCUACCAAAUACCGGAGACACUGGAAGCAGGCAAGACAAAUCAGGCAGUGGUGCUGUACCAGCCACAAUGCUACAUAGAUAUUUUUCAUGAGGACACAGCCUCAACAGAGAGAAAGAACAGUCUGAAAUACAUCUCACAAACAGAUGCAUGCUGGCUGGGGGGGAGGCUUUGAUGUUCUGUCCUCCAGUGAGUCAAUUCAGUGUUUGGUUACACACUAUAAGUAAGAAUUUCUAAAGCCACAACUUCUUUUGAUUAGGGUUCUCACAAGCCCAGAUGCCUGACUUCAUUAAUAACAGCAAAGCUGUUGUUUCUGGACUAGUUUCGAGUACUGAUUUACACAGGAAUUACGUGUGUUAUGGUUCCAUUACAACUUACGGGCAUUAGAUGAGAUUUAUAGGCUGGUUUGUGGCUUGUGUUAUGCAGCAAGUUACAUCACAGCAGUCUGUCGCAGGCUGAUGCAGAGAACUGCUUUAUUUUGCAGAGAUUUAAAGUAUUUGUAAAAUAGAGGAGCAAAUGAAACAAGUGGGAAUGUUGUGCUGCUCAAGGAGUGUAUUUCUCUUGCAGUGUUCUGUGUACUCUGGCCACUCCAGCCAGUGGGUACUGUGCUGCUGGGCAUGCAGCAUUACCUGGUCAUUUUGGGGGCUGGGUUGUAUUUUCUCUCUCUCCAACAAUGUAAGAAAUCAUUGUAGAAAUGUUACCUGCACACAGUGUGUCUCAUUCCUAGAAGAUUUGAAGGAACUUUUACUUACCCAGGAGUGCUGCCCAGAGCACCAAAAUCCAUUGAUCAUCCUUCUACUUCACCUGUGUCCUAACUCCACUUGAUGUGUGAAAGAGCACAGAAAACAGAUUUUUAGAGGGAUUUUUUAUUUUUACCCUGCUUCCAUAUUUUUUAAUUGGGGCUUCUCACACUUCUGCUUUCUCUGCCUAAAGACCCUUUAAAAUUAUCUUAACUGUACAUUGAAGAGAUGUAGGGAGUUAAGUGGAAAGGAGUUAAUUUUCCAGAAGGAUAGAGCUGGUACCACAUGGCAUGGUCUCUCUGCUGGUGCACGUGACCUGAACUUUUGGCAUUGACCCCUGUACUUCCAUAGCAAGCCCCAGCCAACCAACCAACCAGACAGGCUGGUAGGAAGCACAGGUGUCUGAAUCCCAUUUGUCAAGGACACCAUAUUCAGCCUGCAUACAUCUAGAUCUCCCAACACUACUUUUGCAUGUGUUAAAAAAACAAAACAAAAAAAUAUUUAUUGUAACACUCGGAAUUGUUACAGUAGACAGCAGUGAAUUUGGCCUUUCAUUUUGCUUUCAGGAAAUGGUACAUUUGUAAUGAAGCAGCACAGUUGGAAUUGUAGCUGAAAGUCUUAUCCGAUUUACUUCAGUGCACAAGGAACCCUUUGGUUUUACCUCCUUAGGCUGUUUAGAAUCUGUCACAGAGAGAUGGUUUCAACUUAACACAGCAUUAGCAGUUCUCAAAGGUGAAACAAAUGAAGAGUGUCUGACAAUUUGAUAUUCAGCUUGUUUGCUAAAAUGCAGUUACUUCCCUUCCCUGUGUUUAACUAGGCUAAUCACACUCCUAGAAACCAAGCAGCUGCAGACAAAGUGAGUUCUGAUACUGAACCACAUCUAAUUUUUACACUGUUGCUUACAGAUAUUGUUGUCACAAGCUGUGUUGCAACAGGAAAACCAGUAAGACCUUGCACAGCCUGUGGGCUGAGACAAGCACUGCCUGUAAACAGAGGGAGAAGUCUUCAGCCAGGAAAAGGGGAGGUACAAAGAUACACAGAGAUGGGCAGAUGCGGUUGGAGGCAUUCAGUCCCCACCAUGUCAUGCCAUGUCCAUCUGUGUGCUGUGCACAGGUGCAGACUUGAGAAGUAGAGAAGAGUUUGCAGCAUGGUCCUUCCUUUCAGCCUCCAGCCAGCCAAGUAAGGAAACAUGGCCGGGCACAUUCUGCUGAAGGGCAAGAGAACAGGGAGGGUAAGGGAGAAGGCUGAUUUGACAGAUACAUCCCAGAGAAACUUCCUCCCUUUAUCUUAGCCUCUUCUUUGAGUAACAAUGCAUGUGAAAGCUUGAUAACACGUAUCUAUACAGCUUGGAACAUUUGCUUCUCCAGAAUGCUUCAUCACAUUGUAUGUACUUGAGUAGCUUAAAAGCUUUACUACUAGAAAAAAGGCCAAUAAACAUAAGGGAGCUGCUUUGUCAAAACCAAUACAAAACUUCUGAGCUGUACAUUUCAGAAAAAGGUGUAUUUAUUCUAAAAUGUUGAAAAGGUAUCCUAAAUCAAGAACUAAGGAAUUCAGAUCUAGACAUCAGUCAAAGAAAUCAGAGUACUGUACAAAGCAUUUUGAAUUUUGACAUUGCUGCAGUUCCUUCUGCCAAGGGGACAGCUGCAACCUGGCACAACUCCCAGCUUUGAAAAAGCUGCUGUCACUGAGGCCUGGCUACAGCAAUUCCACCCAAGAAGUGAAUGAAGGGGUUUGUGGGUUCAGCCAGUUGUACCUUCUGAUGGUGGGAUAAGACAUAUGGGCCUGGCCAUUCCCAGGGAGAUCCUCCUGGUCUGAUGGCAUUCCAUUAUAUGGACUCAGUGACAUACUUGACCACAUUUGAGAUCACUGGGUGAUGGAAGGAGAAGUCAGCUCCUCUUUACCUGUAAAACCUUCUGUUUCCUGGCUCCAGUGGGUGGUGCUUUGUGAAACCUGUGCAUAAAAAGCACAAAAGUGGAGGAUUCCAGGAAGGAUAAUGCCUCUGUGCCAGUCAAAGGGCACAGUUGGGGCACCAGAACUGAAGAUUAGAGAAGUAUUUUGGCAUAUGUGGAGGUGUAUAAUUUUUAUAUAUUAAAACAUCCAUUUGGCAUUAAUGGUUGAACGAGUUCAAAACUGUAAUCCUCCUUUUUUUUUUGUUCAUAAUGAAACUGUCACAGCUGUUGUUGAAAUGGUAAUACUUAAACCAUCACAUAAUUAAACAUCAUUCUCAGUAUGUUACAUUUUUAAAAUAAAAAUGGUGUGUGAACUAUUAAA